AUGCGUUGCACAGCCCUUCUGCCGCUCGUUUCGUCUCUUGCCAUACCCGCGUUAGCCCAGCUCACUGGUCAGACAGUAAACGCGACAAUCAACCAAGGCCGCUUCGGAAAUGCCACGUACGACUACGUAAUUGUCGGCGGCGGUACCUCUGGCCUGGCCAUUGCCGCGCGCCUGGCAGAGGACCCGUCAGUCAGUGUUGCCGUUGUUGAGGCUGGGGGGUACUACGAGCUCGACGGUACGAUCGCGAGUGUCAUCCCCGGCCUUGCAGCUGGAGCCAACGUUGGGACUGAUAUCACCGACCAUUCCGUGGUUGACUGGAACUUCCAAUCGCAACCUCUUAUAUCAGCGCACAAUCGAUCCCUUCGCUAUGCACGUGGAAAGACGCUUGGUGGCUCGUCGGCUAGGCAUUACAUGGUGUAUCAACGCGGUACGAAAGGCAGUUACGACCAAUGGGCCGAGAUGACUGGUGAUGAUUCGUGGGAAUGGGACGCGGUCUUCCCCUACUUCCAGCGGAGUAUUAACAUCACUGCCGCCAAUAUGACAUCGCGCUUCCCCAACACCAGCGUUACCUACGACCCGGCAGGUUUCACGCCGUCUGGCGGUCCACUCCAUGUGACAUGGCCCAACUACGGAUCACCGUGGUCCACCUGGAUCGAACAAGGACUGGAGGCAAUCGGAGUUCUUCCUGACACCGAUUUCAAUACUGGAAGCUUGAACGGCUCCUCAUGGGCACCUAUUACCAUCAACCCGCAGAGCCAGACACGCGACUCGUCAGAAACCAGUUUUCUUCAGCAGGCGUUGCAGAACACCAACUUGACUGUAUACCUCCACACGAUGGCCCUGAAAAUCGGCUUCGAUGGUACGACCGCAUCCAGUGUCGAUGUGAGGAGCUCUGUAGGAAGAUUUACGCUCCGCGCACGCAAGGAGAUUGUCUUAUCUGCAGGAACCCUCCAGUCGCCACAACUACUCAUGGUUUCUGGAAUCGGGCCCAGAGAAACGCUGGAGAGUCAUGGAAUUCCCAUUAUCAAGGAGCUUGCCGGUGUAGGCCAGAACAUGUGGGAGCAUUCUUUCUUCGGCAUCACCCAUCAGGUCAACCUCGUCACCGCGACCGAACUGGCAAUCAACCAGCAAGCCUUGGUCCAGGCGCUAGCUGAAUACAAAUCCCAACAAGGCCCACUCACCUCAGCCGGAUUCGGUGUUCUGGGCUGGGAGCGACUCCCGAACAGCACGUUCUCCCAGAGCACCAACGACGCCCUGGCCGCCUUCCCGUCUGACUGGCCGAUGAUCGAGUACCUCAGUAUCGACGGCUAUCUUAACGGCUGGCACAGCGCAGCAGACCAGGUUGUCGGCAACGGGCAGCAAUGGGGCACCAUCGCAGCUGCUCUUGUCGCACCGUUGUCCCGUGGAACCGUUACCAUCGCCAGCGCGGACAUGGAUGACCCGCCUGUCUUCGACCUGGGCUUCUUGACCCACCCGGCAGACCGCGAGAUGGCUGUCGCGGCAAUGCGGCGGAUCCGACAGGCGUUCGCGGCCGUUAGCAACAUUACCAUUGGCCCGGAGACCGUGCCGGGGUCUGGUGUCGAGACGGACGAGGAGCUCCUCGACUUUAUCCGUGAGACUAUUGUUCCCGUUUACCAUGUCGCUGGAACCAAUGCCAUGGGGAGAGCGGAUGACCCUAAUGCUGUUGUCGAUUCCCAUGCACGGGUUAUUGGGGUUCGGAAUCUGCGCGUUGUUGACGCGAGUAUCUUCCCCACGCUGCCUCCGGGUCAUCCGCAGAGUACCUGCUACAUGGUUGCUGAGAAGAUUGCGGAUCUUAUGAAGAGUGGUAAUUAG